CUGCACCCUGCCGGAGGGGGGCGCUGCUCUUGCUCUGCUGUGCUCUGCUCUGUUUGUACGUGUGAUCUUUGAGAACAUGGUGGUGGAUCAGCAGCCAGUCAAACACAGACAGACAGACAGAGGAUAAACAACACAGAUCAAUAUUUCAACGACUGGCAAUAACUGUGUGUGCAACGAGAGUCUUCGACAAGAAGAGAGAGAGAGAGAGAAGCUGGAUUUAUUUUUUUUAAACCACUGUGACCUGCUUUACUGGAACAUUCAUGCAGCUUUAACAUAUAUGCAUCUGCACCGCUUUUAAACCCUCCUCCCCUCCGCAUGCAGCUGAAGCCAUGUCGGCCCUGAGGACCAACGCGAUGCCGCGGCUUCAAAUCGGGCCUUCAGGAAGCUAACGCCAACAACAACAACAACAAGAACAACAACAAGACGAAGCCGCUUCUUGGUGGUCUUUUUGGUUUCGUUAUCAUUCCCUUUCUUUUUAAUCAGCUCGUUAGAUUAAAAAAAAUGCGACUUUUAAGCAGAUUUUUAAACUUAAACGCGGCUGAAUUAGCUCAUGCCGGCUAAUCUGCUAAUUAGCCCCGGCUAGGUCGUUUGGUUUCGGUUGUCGCUUGUUUUUUUUUUGUUGUUGUUUACACUGAGCUAACAUGUAAAUAACUGAGCCCCACCGUGCUUUUUACUACACUUUUAUCACACUGAGGUACGUGGGAGUCAUUUUUGCAAAGCUAUGCAAGCGUAUGACUGAGAAACUGGCGAGUUUAAGGUGCUUAGCUUCGUGUAUUUGGGCUUAUUUAAAGGUUGGUACAUGUAAACAAACCCUGACCGACCCCCUGGAUAUUACUCCAACACUGCUGCUAUGAGUUUAUUGUUGUUUAUCUCCUGCAGCAUAAGAGAGACAUUCAUUCAUUCAUGAUUGAUGAGACUGUCCUGAAUCCAUUUUACCACACUACUACUACCUUUGUAUUUAUUUUGAAACCACUAAUGUAGUGGAGAGGACUUUUAUUUUGAAAGGGGGGGGCCCUGAACAUGUCUGAUCAAGCAGCUUGAAGAUCCAAAAAAAACAAACAAAAACAAAAAAAAGAAAGCACAACCCAUCUCCUCCUCUCCUUCAUUGUGCUGGACUGAGAAACCACCGACAUGAUGGGGAUGAUGAUGACGAUUAAAGAGGCCCAGUGACUGUUGAUCCCCACCCGCCGCCCCGCAGGAGUGUCACAAGGCUGCAGACAUGAGUCUCAGACAACCCACCUCCACGUUGGACAGCAGGGCAGCCAAUAAGAAAAACACCCACCUGUUCAGCCCCUUUGCCGCUUGGCUCAGCAGCCUGACCAUCGGCGACUCGGAGCGCAAAUCCUCUGCCUCCCAGCAGAAGGAGCCGACCGUCGACGUCUUUGCAGAGAGCACCGGUACCGGUCUUGUCCAGAGGUGUGUGGUCGUGCAGAAGGACCAGCUCGGGUUCGGCUUCACAGUGUGUGGAGAGAGAGUCAAGCUCGUGCAGAACGUCCGACCAGGCGGGGCAGCAGUGAAGGCCGGUGUCCACGAAGGGGACCGAAUCAUAAAGGUGAACGGCUCGCUGGUGUCCUCCAUGUCCCAUCAGGAGGUGGUAAAACUCAUCAAAUCUGGAACCUACGUAGCGCUGACGCUACAAGGGCCGCCCCCUUCAACCACCUCCUUGCCGCUGGAGCCGCUCCAGACCGACCUCACACCCAAUCAAAGGACGUCUCUGGGCGGGGAGGUUCCUCCUCCUCCGCCUCCACCCUUGCCCUCUGGACUGAGCAGCACGCCUUCCCAAAGAAUCACUGGACCCAAACCACUACAGGACCCAGAAGUUCAGAAACAUGCCACUCAGAUACUCAGGAAAAUGCUGGAGCAGGAAGAGGCUGAACUGCAGGACCUGCUGGAGGAGCGCUUGAAGAACCCGUCGCCGUCACUGGAGGAGCGGAUUGAAAGUGCCAAGCGGAGAGCUCACCAAGUCAGGGUGAAGAUUCAGCAAGAUCUGGAGGGAACGCGAUCAGAGCCUGUCACGAGCUACGUCAUAGCAGGAGAAGGUCGACUAUCGAUGGACUCAAGCGAAGGAGACUUCGAGGCCUUUGAGAGUCCCCGCUCCUCCCCCUCAUCCUCCUUCAGGACCCCACAACACCGACGGCAGAACUCCGACACACACACCCCGUCUGACUCGGGUGGAAAGGCUCAGAUCAUCGGCCCAGAGGAAGAGGACGAAGAGGACGACGGCUAUGCAUUUAACGAGAUGGACGGUCCGUUCCAGGACAUCGAGCUGCUGAAGUCACGACCAGCGCACAUGGCCGUGUUCAUGAGAUACGUCUUCACUCAGCUUCUGGACCCAAACCCUCUGCUGUUUUACCUCUCCGUGGAGGCCUACCUGGGCUCCAGUCCUAAAGACGCCCGCGCACUUGCACCUCAGAUCUGCUCCCAUUUCCUGGACCCGGAAGCUCCUCUGAAAAUCAAAGUACGAGAGGAGUAUCUCACAGAUAUAGAAAGUCGACUCCACGCGCAGGAGGACAUCCGAGGACCUCUGUCUGAGCUGCAGCAGCAGGUGCUGCCGGACAUCCAGGACCAGAUACAGGACUACAGGAACAAGCAGAUGAUGGGUCUCGGCUCUCUGUUUGGAGAAGGAGACCUGCAGCAGCUGGACGGAGACCCGGUGAAGGAGAGACAGGUGGUGGACAAACAGGUCACCGCCCUGUGGGAAAUACUAUCGAAGCACGAAGAGGACAGAAGUUCUCCUCUGGCGUCGGCCGUGCUCCUUUACCUGCGUCACUCUGGCAUCAAGCUCAGAGACUCCAAGGUGUUCCCCGGUCUGAGCACAGAGAAGGAGAAGUGGCUCGCCUUCUUAAAGACGAAGAAGCUGAGUGGAACCAGGAAAGACAAAGAUGGGGGCGAGGAUAAAAAGAGAAAUCCCAUCCUGAAGUACAUCGGCAAGCCGCGCUCCACAUCGCAGUCCACAUUCCAUGUCCCGUUGUCACCCACUGAAGUCCGUCCCGGCAGUGUGAGGAACAUCAUCCAGCAGUUUGAGAAUCACACCGAGACGGGAGAGGAGGGGGGCGACGCUGCCGACCCCCAGCGGCUCUCCUCCAGCAGCCUGGGAGAAGACAGCAUGGAGAGCCCUACGGUGUCCGUGCGUCUGGCACGCAGCGAGUCGCUGAAGGCUCAGGGUGAAGGGCGGCGCCGAGGCGUCGUCUCGGGGACGGAGUCCGUCCCUCGCUCCCGUAGCGACGUGGACAUGGAGGACUGCGGGGAGGAGAGGGAGGGGCCGGGCCUCAGGCCGCUGCAGCACAGCGCCUCGUCGUCCGCGUCCAGCAGCUCUGCACGGUCUCUAGAGAACCCUACACCCCCAUACACCCCUCGAUCCAGGCGCAGGAGCGUAGACUCGCCGUUGGCGCUGCUGCCGGACGCGGCGGCGCUGGAGGAGGAGGUGUGCGACAGCCAGAACUGGCAGGACACGGUUCCUCCUCAGCUCCUCGCCACGCUCAGUCCGAGGGAGGUGGACAGACAGGCCGUCAUAUACGAGCUGUUCACCACCGAGGCGUCCCACCUGCGGACUUUACGGGUCCUGGAUCAGGUAUUUUUCCAGAAGAUGAGGUCUGUGCUGAACUCUGAUGAGCUGGCCUGCAUCUUCCCCAACCUGCCUCAGGUCUAUGAACUCCACGCAAGUCUGUGUGAGGCGAUAAAGAAGCGGCGAGAAACUCCCAUCGUUCAGGACAUCGGGGACGUCAUGCUGGCCAGGUUUGAAGGUGCUGCUGGAGACGAGUUUCAGGAACAGACGUCCCAGCUGUGCAGCCAGCAAUCUCAGGCCCUGGAGCUCAUCAAGAACAAGCAACGCAAAGACCCUCGUUUCGCUCACAUCAUCCAGGAGUGUGAAGCGAGUCCUCACUGUCGGAGGCUGCAGCUCAAAGACCUGCUGGUGUCAGAGAUGCAGAGGCUCACCAAGUACCCCCUGCUGCUGGACAAGAUCAUGAAACACACGGAGGCCGGUUCGUCGGACCUCCCCUCGCUUCAGCGCGCUCAGGCUUGUUGCCGAGGGAUACUGCAGGCGGUCAACGAGAUUGUCAGAGAAACAGAACACCGGCAACGGCUCAGCCAAUACCAACGCAGGCUGGAUGCUGCCCCUCAGUUCAAGAGUCUGGAUUUCUCCACUAAGAGGAUGAUUCACGAAGGUCCUCUCACGUGGAAAGUCAACAAAGACAAGCAGAUAGAGAUUCAAGCACUGCUGCUGUCAGACUGCCUCGUCCUUCUACAGAGGGGCCCAGACGACCGGCUGCAGCUGAGGUAUCCAUCCCGCUGGCUGGGUGGAGGCGGAGGAGGCAGUGGAGACAGCAAGACCUCCUUCAGCCCUCUGGUGAAGCUGGACUCGCUGCUGGUCCGCUCAGUAGCGACGGACAACAGAGCGCUCUACAUCAUCAGCACCACAGAGAGGCAGAUCUACGAGCUGGUGGCUGGGACGGCGUCAGAGAAAAACACCUGGAAAGAGUUACUUGAAAAGACCAUCGCAUCGGCCGACGGUUCAUCACCACUGGUCAAUCACGGAUCCAUGCGAAUAUCUUCCCCCAGUCUGCGCAGUGCGUCUCCAGUCUCAGUGAGCAGCAGCGUUUAUCCAGACAACUCAAUGACGGAGCAGUCAGACUCCAUGGAGACACAUUCCUCCAACGACGACAUCGCGCUGUCGGCCGACACACCUUCGGACCAAUCGGAGAGGAAAGCAGCUGGUGUGGCGGAGGCCGCUUUACAAGACGUUGAAACACUGAGGCAGCUCAUAUUGCGAGAUCUGGAAGACGACUGUUGGAGCCACGAUUCGGACGACACGCCCACCAACGAGACGUCCAACGAGAGGGGCUCGUUCACGGAGCGACAGCGGCCGGAGUCUCUGGAGACGGUCCUCAACUUCAGCACCGACGAAUGGGAGGCCGAGCCCGAAGAUGUUCUGCUGCCGCCGCCCCCGGAGACGGAGCAGCCCAGUGUUCAGGUCGUGAGGAAAGCUGUGGUUGCGGGUCCUUCUUCUUCUUCUUCUGUCCCUGGCGGCAUCACUGAUGUUGUCGCCCUCCCCUCCGACCAAUCAUCCAAGCCGAGAGGCGAGGCCGCUGCACAUGGGAACACUUUCUACUUGGUAAUGCCGACAGAGCAGGGAGAGAGCGCCACUGACGACGCCACCAACGACCCUCCCACCCCCACCGCCAGCCACUUCCCUCAGCCUCUGGGGGAGGCGAUGUCUCAGCCGGGGGAGGAUGCGACCGACCAAUCAGAGGCUAUGCAACUGGAACAGGAUGAAGAAACGGGCCAAACGCAGGGCGGGCAGCAGAGCCACGUGAUCAAAAAUGUGGACGAGAUUUUCAACACGAUCGAGGGGUUGAUGAGCAAGUUGCGGCAGCUGAAGGAAAUAGAGAGAGCCCAUCACAAGCUCUUGAAAACCCUCACAGAGCCAGCCGUCAAUCAGGAGUCAGAGGACCAAGGGUGUCCGUCGGCAACCGUCUCCAGAACACCUUCUCUGGAUCGCGGCUCAGGAGACGGCAAAGAGGGCAGUCCAGCAGAGCCCAAGAUUCAGUCGACAGGAUUCUGACGUUGUUGCCGAGAGUCACUCAAUCUUGAUUGUCGGCAUACGGACCCUCCCACAUGUACCCACUGUCAGAGACUCGGGCAGCUUAGGCUCGCCUCCCCUCGUCCCUGCAUGCACUGGCCGGUGGAACAGAGCCCAAGAAGGACCGUGGCUGUUUUUUUUUUGUUGUUGUUUUUUUUCUGUAGCCCUGGGUACCAGGAAGCUGGACAGACUCACUGGGAUUUCUGAGGGGGUCAGCGCACAACCCCGGACAUCUACCAGAGCUCGAGGCGGAGGGAGUCCAGGAUGGAACGAGGAGAAAGUAUGAAGGAACAAAAAGGCCGAAGACAAGUCGACUAACGAAGAGAGAGAGAGAGAGAGAGAGAAAAGAUGGAAGAACUGCAAGUGGAAAGACACGUUGGAUAUUUGUGAAGGAAAAUGAGUUCAAAGAGCUGGUUGAAGGAACGGAGCAGAAAAAAGUGUUGAAACAUUAAUUUAAAAGGAAAAAAAAAAAAAGCCGAGGGACCCAUCACCCCUGCACUUUACCCACAAUGCAUCCCUCUGUCAUGUACGUCCUCUACAGUGGACGAUCAGGGACUAAAGAGAUGCCACUGGCCUCCGGGGGUCCCCUCCCCCCCAACAACCAACCAACCAACCAACCAACCAACCACCACAUUAGUUGCUUUACACUGAGUUCACCUGCCACCACGGCCGAAGGACUGUGUUUAUAUAAUUCAGGUUAUUUGCACUGGGUAAGGAAACCAAUAUCACACACACACUCGUACAUCGUCAAGUUUCAUUCAUCUCAGACGUUCAUGUCCUCACACUGUGGGAGAAACACUACAGUUCUUUGUCACUGGGGGACAGUUGCAGCAACACUGACGUUACCGUGUUCAUCCUUCUUUUAAGCUACAAGACGGCUGUUUGGAAGCAACGCAUCAUCGCUCAUUUAUUUCUUUUUUUAAGUUCUGGAAACACUACUGCGCUGUUUACUACUGAAAUGCUGGCAGGUUUUUUCUUUUCAGCGCUGCUUCAGAGGCGUACAGGGAUCUCAGCGAUUUUUACACUAACAAAGCUCAGUGGGUUCACGCGCCGCUGUUCUCAUCAUGUUUAAGUUUUUUGGGAGAUUCAGGAUGUUUUUGUGUUAGUUUUUGUGUUUUGGGACGGGGAGGUUCAAGACAGGCAAUGUUGACGACGAGUGAGAGGGAACGGGACGAAUACAGAUUCAGACUUGAAUAUUGUCGCUCAAAUCAAAUCGCUGCCAAAUAUCACCGCCGACAUUGCCUGUCUACACUUUAAGAUUUGACCGUGUGACAUCCUGUCAGUCCUCUCUCUACCGGUGUAUCGUGUGUGCGUGUGUAAAUAACCACGGUGAAUACUGUGAACCAGCAACGUAUCCCUUCUCCCAUCCAACGCUCAUACCGUACAUAGUGUUUGCAUCCAUGUAGCCCACAUCCAAAGCCAUGAAAGGACUGCGCUCUUUACCAAGUAGCUUUCCAAGAAGAGAGAGACCCACCCUCACCCUUUUUUCCUGCACAGAACAACUUCUAUUUACUGGAAAAGCUUUGUAAAAUAUAAUUUUACAAACUCAAGUUUACGCACGUGAUCCAAGACAAAUAAAUAAAAAAUAAAAUCACUACAGCUAGAUGAAGCAAAAGUUACUGCGAAGGAGUCGUUGUACAUUUUGGGGAAUACGCCUUUUUGCAAAGACUUGACAGAUUUACAUUUAAUAUGCAGCAGCUGGCUAGCUUAGCUUAGCAUAAAGACUGAAAACAGGGGGAAUAUGUAGCAUUGGCUCUGCCCAUAGGCAGCAGAAAAUCACAUAGCGGCACUGGCUCUGCCCAAAGGUAGCAGAAAAUCACAUAGCGGCACUUCUAGAGCAACAUAGUGCAUCUUACUAGCACCUAGGGGCUCUGCGGUUUGCCUGGCAACCUCCAGGAAGUUAUAGCGCAUGGCCAAGAAAUAGUUUUCCACGUAAUACAAAUAAAUUAAACAAAUAAUUGUUAACUUUUAAGCCCAGAGCCGAGCUUUCUCCGCUCCCCCGGGUGUCAGUCUUUAUGCUAUGCUAAGCUGCCAUCUCCCUAUACGUGCAAGGGAGGUGGGAAUCUCAUCUAACGCUCUGCAAGAAAGCAAUAAGAGCGUUUCCCGAAACGUCAAACUAUUCCUUGAACUAUUUUUUGGAUCAUACUUAGGAGUCAUCUUUUUUUUUGUACGCCGUGUUCGAGGCAUGUGUAACCAGCAAAGACUGACACUAAAGCCAAGCGCUUUGUUUUUUUUUUCUCAGACUCCCAUCUGUCUGAUCUCUAACACACACACACUAGACAGAAAAUCUGUGUUUAAAAUGUUACAAGGUUUGUAGCAGUUUAAAAUAUUUCUUUUCUUUCUCUUAUCGAGCUGGGCAGAAUCACACUGGACUGAAUUUUUAUUUGAGCUGGUUUCAAAUACUAAGCAAGGAGCGCUUUAGUGAGCUACCCAGCCUCUUUACCAGCUUCAAAACUGACAACACGUACUGACGAAACUGAACCCAGCAAGGAGCCAAGUAUACUUACACACUACCAGCCACUCAUUCUACGAUUUAGAACGAUAUUUCACUGGUGGAAGGUUUUCACUCUUUAGCCAAGGAGUUUGAGUCGUCGUCGACGACGAGGCGGUCGCGUACGAACAAAACAAAACGAGAGCUACUGAUCGCUGAACGGACAGCCGGUCCUGAAUAAACUUGAGGAAUUUUUUUGCGGCUAAAAUGUGAAAAAUGUUCAACCAAAGUGAAAUGUCCUCGUCAGAGGUGUCGAAGGGAGUUUUAUUUCGACUUCUCCACAUUUUUUGGAUGCUGAAUUUCAAGCGGCUCACUGAGCCGGUUGAAAAUCAGGAUCUCUCUUCCAUGCAUCUCGUCUCUUCUUUCCUACAGUUUUUUUUCUCCAAUUUUCUACCUCUACGUUUCUUCCAUGAUUUCUCUUUUUUCAUACAUUUGUCUUGUACAUCAGCGUUGUGGCCCCAACGGCUGUAAAAACAAAAAAAAAUCAACUGAUUCCUUUCUUUCUUCUUUUUUUUCUUUAUUCUUAUUAAAUGUUGCACAAACAAACUUCCCUGCACGGUGCAAACUACUGUACGCAUACACACGUCUUUAACUAUCAUCUCAUUGUCUUUUUAUUUUGUCUUUUUUUAUUUUUAAAAACAACAAAAAAAAUUGUUCACUCAUGUAAUAUAGAGAGAUCAGACCCACUUGUUUUAUAUAUGUUAAUUUUUUUCUGUAAAGCCUUAGUCCUCGUAUUUGAUUUUAUUUUUGUAGAUAUGAUUAAAAACAAAAAAAGGAUGUAUAAAUUAUUUUCUUCUCCCUUGUUUUUAAAAUUGGUGAGAUUGUUUAGCUGCACAGAAGGAAAAAAAAAAAAGAGCUCAUGUCUCAGAUUCAUGUGUUUUGUGAAAUUAAAAAGAAACUGGAUAAAGAAAACAA